UCAAAGUUUAAAACAGACGUGCCCGUCCUUCCUAAUUGCUUGGAUUUAAGGACGUGAUACCACCAAAUCUAGACUUGCUGCUGCUAAAAACUUGAGCUGAGCUUCAACCUGUGUUCAUGUGAGAAAGGUUUAUUAAGAAUGCACAGUAAGGAGACUGCAGUCAGGUACUAUGUUGGGAUUGAUGUUGGCUCAGCGAGUGUUCGAGCAGCUUUGGUCGAUGGCUGUGGGACAGUGGUGGCACACGCGGAGCAGCCCAUCCAAAUUUGGGAGCCCCAGCCAGACCACUAUGAGCAAUCCUCUGCAGACAUCUGGGCUGCCUGCUGCUCAGUCACAAAGAAGGUUGUCUGUGGAGUGGAUGCUGCCCAGAUUCGAGGGAUUGGUUUUGAUGCUACAUGUUCUCUUGUUGUUCUGGAUAAACAGUUCCAGCCUUUGGCAGUCAACUGUGAAGGACAGAACCAUAGGAAUGUUAUUAUGUGGAUGGAUCAUCGUGCAGUGAGUCAAGUCGAGCUCAUCAAUGCAACACAACAUAGAGUUUUGAACUACGUAGGGGGAGCAAUGUCUGUGGAAAUGCAACCACCUAAACUGCUGUGGAUAAAGGAGAACUUGCAGGAAUCCUGGGAGAAGGCAGGCUACUUCUUUGAUCUUCCGGAUUUCUUAUCUUGGAAAGCCACAGGUGUCACUGCAAGGUCCCUCUGUACAGUCGUGUGCAAGUGGACGUACACGUCAGACAGGGGUUGGGAUGACAGCUUCUGGAAAAUGAUUGGUUUGGAAUGUUUGGUGAAGGAUAAGUAUGAAAAAAUAGGAAACCACGUCUUGUCUCCUGGAGAGGCCGUUGGAAAAGGUCUAACACCAGAAGCUGCCAAAGAUCUGGGUCUCCCCGAAGGGAUUGCAGUGGCAGCAUCUCUCAUUGAUGCACAUGCUGGAGGACUAGGAGUAAUUGGAGCAGAUGUGAAAGGACAUAACCUGCCAUGUGAGAACCAGCCGAUUACGUCCCGAGUUGCAAUGAUCUGUGGAACAUCUUCGUGCCACAUGGGGGUCAGUGAAAAACCCAUUUUUGUUCCUGGUGUUUGGGGACCAUAUUUCUCUGCAAUGGUACCUGGAUUGUGGUUGAAUGAGGGAGGUCAAAGUGCUACAGGAAAGCUGAUCGAUCAUGUGGUCCGAGGCCACGUCGCCUUCCCAGAAUUACAGUCAAAAGCUGCAGCCAGUGCUCACAGCAUAUAUACAUACUUGAACAGUCACCUGGAUCUGAUUAAGAAAUCUUUGCCUGUGGGUUUCCUCACUGUUGAUUUACAUGUUUGGCCAGAUUUCCAUGGUAACAGAUCUCCCUUAACAGAUCUGACACUAAAGGGCAUGGUUGUUGGACUGACAUUGUCCCGGGGUCUGGAUGAACUUGCCCUUAUCUACCUGGCCACGAUCCAAGCCAUUGCUUUAGGAACAAGACAUAUUUUGGAAACGAUGCAGGCUGCAGGACAUGAUAUCAACACGCUGUUUCUGUGUGGUGGGUUGAGCAAGAACCCUCUCUUUGUGCAGAUGCACGCUGACAUUACUGGGAAGCCUGUUGUCCUGUCCAAAGAGGUGGAGUCUGUUUUGGUGGGUGCUGCUAUUCUUGGAGCUUGUGCUUCUGGGGAUUUUGCAUCUAUACAGGAGGCCAUGGCGAAAAUGGGGAAAAUUGGGAAAGUUGUGCAGCCCAACCACGAGCACAAAAGAAGGGGAACCACCCUGUCAUCAGCUGCUCCAAGUAUCCUGCAGAGAGGCCCAGGCUUCACAUCAAAUGGAGAAGACAAGCAUAUUGUGGUUCCAAAGGAGCAAACAGCAACUCUGAGGAAAAAAAUUCACGAGACACCCCCAGGUGAAGAUUCUUCACAAGGCAAGAGUCAGGAACAGCAGCAUGUCAUACAGUGUGGGGUUUUCCUUUGUGACUGUUGUGUUCUGUUUGCACUCACAGACCAGUUGUUUGGGCCCAUGGCUGUGUUUAUCCCUAAAUCCCCACCCAGCCUGUAUAAGCCCAGUCUGGCACCCAGCUUGCAGCAUCCCCUUGAGCUUUUGCAUUUGCCAGCCAUCACACCUGACUUCAGGAACUGCUUUCUUUGCCCCAGUGGAUCCAGAUCCUGUCUGGUGAUCCAGUGGCUGCACUGCUGUGUCUGUGCUCCAUCCUGGUGAGGUGGACAGGGCACGGAUGGGUCCCAGAGUUCUCCAAGGCCUUUCACAAAAGAACCCUGUGGAAAUUAAGAUUUGCUGCACGUGGAAUCCUUUGUUUGGUAGAGGAAAGGAAGGACUCCUCUGAAGUUGACCUAUUUGUGCUUUGGUGCAUUUUUCAUAAAAUAGACAAAAUCCUGUUUUAAUCCAGCUCACUCCACAACCUUCUGAGGGAGCCUGUAGGUUUCUCUAAAAUACCUCUGUGGUUAUUGUUAAUUAGAAAAAAAUAAUAUUGCUCAAGGAUCGCUUUUCAGUUGAACUUCCUGAACAUAUGGUUCAAACUGAAGCUGAAAAGGAAAACUUCAGGACAAACUGUAUGAAUUACUACUAAUAAUAAAAUCAGACAUUUUUUAUAAGUCCACAUUAAUCUUCCUUAAAAGCUUUGGGUUGACCACAUUUUUUAAAUAAAACUUUUACCGGAGCGGAAUUUAUUAAGAGAGCUCAGCGUUGCCUUAGCUCUGAUCCACAGGGCAUCAAGAGAAGUUUUAUUGCUGAUUUCAGUCACAGCAGACUUAGAUCUACACUGAAUGGUUUUGAUAAGCCCAAUGUAAAGUUUUAUUGGUUUAAGACAUGAAAAACAGACAUUACAGAGAGCACUUCUACUCUAUAAACACAGUCAUAACAUGUAUAAUGCUUUGCAAGGAGUCAGUGCUUUGGAGUGUAAAUAAUGGUGUGUGGAGGAAAGUGAAGCCUGGCUAAACACAUACAACUAACAAAACCAGUAUAGACCAAGCUUGUACAUGGUGCUUCUACUCUGCAGAUCUCAAAAUUAAAUACAAAUAGUCUGUAUCAUUAGGUCAUACUCACAGAUGGGAAAGGGAAAAUUAACCAGACCAGGAAAGAGGGAAGUUGAUGCUCUUUGUUGUUAUGUCUGUCCUUGAAACUAUAACUACUGUGGUAUUAUUUGAAACACAUUUUGAGGCCAUGUGCUCAUUGUUUGUCCUGGAAGAGUUCUAUUCAAAGCCACCUUUUCCUGUAUGUUAUAAAACAGUGUUAGAAAAACAUGAAACAACAUAGAAUAUUACACGGUGUCUCUCCUGAGGUGUCCUGGCUGUUGGUGAUCCACUGAUGCGUCGUGAUCUCGGAGGAUGGUGAUGCUGGCAAUGGUGACAAGGGGCUGUGCUGUGUGAGCAUCAUUUCAAUCUAGGGGAAAAGUACAUUUCCUAAAGAUAAAAAUGUGGUUUUAUUGCACCUUGUUCUUCCUUGUAAAUAUAACUUGCACUUGCUCUAAGGUUGUGGUUCUGGCUCCAGUGGUGCAGAAUGUGGGCCUUAAAAAUCUUGAAAUCCCCUUUAUAAAUGGAAUUAUGAACAUAACUCCCUCCACUAUUCUAUGCUUCAUCAUUGUAUUCACUUGGAAUAACUAUUGAAAUGCUGUAAUCCCAACCAUAUGGCUCAGAGCCUCAGAGAAGGCAUUUAGCAGGCACGUUUAUCCAGAGAAUUAUGGUUUUACAUAGAUUACCAGUGGCUGGAGAUGCUCUGGGGAAAGACAGGAGCCCACAUCAGGGGCAGCCUUGACAGAAGGACCCUCUAAAUCUGAUCUGUCCCUUUCCUGUUAAACAGAUCCUGGGCUGGAAUAAACACUUACUGAGCAUGUAAUGAGAUGUCUUUGAACAUUUUUCCCCUAUAUGACCACAAAGAUUUACUUAAAAAGCAAUAAACGGAUUAAAAAAGGCUUUAUACAUGGCUAGAAACUAACUUACUGAAUUGUUUAAUAUGGACCUUCUGUGAUUUUGUUUGUUUAGAAAACUGUCACAGGGCUGCAAAGCAAUGUAAUUAUGCCUGGAUCACUUCUGCUUUAUUUUAGGCAGAAUCAGUCCUAAGACUGGUGUGUCUUACUCCUGAUUUUCACCAAUAUAAAUUAGUUUUAUGGAAUAGCUGGAUUUUUAUGCUGAUGAUUAAAAAGACAAGCUGUCUUCUGAGAAUUGAGUUCAUGCUUUCACAGUUACAAAUGUGUGAUUAUUGGACUGUUGAUUUUUAUAAUAAGUUGGGGGUUUUUUUGCAUAUUUGAAUACAAAUUUUGUAAUUUUCUGGUGCAUUUUACCCAUUCCACAAAUUUGUGUUGUAAUUUAACAGUAUACUAUGAGAGGAUCUAUUACUUCUUGGGCAUUUCAAAAGUGGCACCUUGUAAUGUGAAAGCAAUGAGCAAAUAAAAAUUUGCUGGGGCAGCUGGAGUCCCUGUGAUUACUGGGUUGCCAAAUCUGGAGUGAUUCCUGGAAGAGUAGUAGUACAGAGUCUUCAAUAAAUUAGUAAUUUGAUUGACAUAUUCAGUUCAUUAAUAAUAAUUUACUGUGGUUAGCAGAACAUCACAGAAGAACAAAUGCCACACAUAACUGUUACUGUUUUCCCCCCUCAUUUUUAGUCAUGUCAGUCACUUAAAUGUACUGAAAUAAAGUCCAGUGCAUUCUCUGCCUUCCUUGGGUGGCAGAACAGGAUUCUUAGUGUGUACCAUUGGAUGGGUAGCAAAAAGACCCUUUACUUAAGUAAAUUAAUUGCUUCCAAACAAUCCAUCCCUUUGCUUAGCAAAGUCUGAAAUUAGUAAUAAUAUUAAGCUUUGUUUUUGGAGUUGGAAGAGAAGAAUUCUAUAAGCUGCUGAAAUGAUAAAGACACAUUCUCAAAUGCAAAGUGUAUUAUCAUAUGUUCCAUUGCCACAGCCACGAUGAGAUCAGUCUUUGAAGUCAGAAAUUAAAUACCUGAUUGGCACCUGUCUACAUGACAGAUCAAUGAAUGCACCUCCAAGUAUCUGACUUUUUUACAGAAUAGUGGGAAGAACCAGAUGACUGGGAAGAUUCAAGCUCAUUUGAGAACAAACUGGUUUUUUAAAUUAGUUUUUCUAAUAUAAUAAUUCUAAGAAAGAAGAGAAAGGUCAUUGUGUAGGUCUGCCAGGUGAGUGUUGAGAAACCGGGUCUCUUGCCAGAGCCAUGUCUAAAACUAUGUCUAAACUCAUUCAUCAAAUGAAUAAUUUCAAAUAAGCACUGUUGAUACCAAUCUUUCCUCCUAGAAUGAGGAUCUGUAAAUAGGAGGAACUGGAGGCUUCAAAACAAAGUGCCAGAAUGAGGACUCAAUGAUCUCAGAGGGCUUUUCCAAUCUAAACAAUACUAUGUUUCUGUAACUACUGGAAAAGAAUCUUUCUCGUUUACUGUUUGUGAAGUUAUAAAUGUAUUUGUUUCCGAUUCUCAAAAGAAGAAUUUCAGAUGCCAAAGGCCUUUCAGAUUUUUGUAUUCAGAUUUUCGUAUUCAGAUUUUCUUCUCCCUGCACUGAUAAGAUUCUCUCCUGAUGAGAUAACAACGACACAAUAGCAAAGCUGGGAUGGCCAUGUAGGAGUAACUAAACCUCAGGAGGUGAACUCCAGGCAAAGAGGCUUUUUUUAAUUCAGUGCUACCUGAAAUUCAUCCAGCACGUCCCACUCCUGUAUUUUGACUUCCCUGCAGGACUGAGGGUAUUUCCAGAUCCAAAAGAGCAUUAUUUCAGGUACAAGCUGUGGUGGUUUCUGUCAGCUGGCACUGCCCCAGAGCUGUGUUUACAAACACUGCACACAUGACAUAAACCCAUUAGGUAUCUACUCUUUGUUUUUGCACAGUAAUAACACACACAUUUCUUUAGCUUUGUCUCGUACAACAAAGGGAACGAAAUGUGUUUCUGAUUAUGCAAUAGAUACGGAGUCAAGGGAAACCCAGCAUUCCCAGACCAUAACCAAUGGAAAUUCUGAAAGGCUCUCCUGCCCUUUGCAGCCUCAACACGUUGAAACCUCUUGUGUAUUUUGUAUUAGCAUGUGUUGUACAAUAAUUAACUUAUUAUAUGACUCCUGAGGGACAAGUGAUUAUGGUUUAUUUCCAGAUGACUCAUGAGCAAGUCUGCAGAAGGAGAGUUUGUGCUGCUCAGAAGAUAGGAAAACGAAAUGCUCAGUCUUGCUGAUGAUCCCAGUUCUGGCUGCUGAGCUCAGGCACCGUGCAAAGGUGCUGGAUACUCAUCAGCUGCAGUGCAAUGUCCUGUCGAGACCCUGAAAAUGCUCAAGCUCUGCUCCCAGAGCAUUUGAGUUAGGACUAUGAAUUACAGCAAAGAGCCAGGCAGUGAUCCUGUUCUGGGUGAACAGUAUAUGCAUAUAUGGGAAGAAGAAAAGUCAUUUAAAACCCAGUAUCAUGACACCAUAUUUUUUAUUUUCUUGUGAUCUCUGACUGAAUGAAGCGAAGUGGGAAACUCAGCCAGCUCCUGCAGUGUGACAGAGGAUGCAAAAAAAGGCAGUUCUUUACAUACAUGGUUAAGCUGUGGACAUUCUUAUGGAUGUUAGAGGUUUCUGAGCCCAACAGGUACUGAGGGCAAGGUGGCCCUGGUUUCACCCAGUAGAGCCAUUCCUUCCCCCAGUUGUAUUAACACAGCAUUUGGGAGGAAAAAGAGACUUGGGGUCACCUUCAGCAAAGACAUCAGUGGCUUAGUCUUGUCCUGAGUAGAUCAGCUAGGAAAAACAUGCCAAACCUCUCAUUUGUUUUUAAUAGAUUAUAUGCACAUAAUCAAAUUUCUGAUUUAUUGAGUCCAAGCACUUAAAAUGAUGCUCAAGUUGGCUCUGUCCUGGUUAUAAGGGGCCCUCCCAGCUGGAUGUGAUAGAAGGAGAAGACAGAUGAUAUCUGACAUCGCUGUGAGUCUGCCAGAAUUAAUUUACCCCUUCCAAAAUCCUGAGCUGGCCUUUGAACAUUUGAACGAGCAGAUUGAAUUAGAGAUUGCAGGAGUGAUUAUGGCAGUUAGGGUUUGUGUCGUGAGGCUUUGAGUUUUUGAUGGCAUUAAACAGUCUUAACAAAAUAAAAUAUUUAGUGUGACUUUGCGUACAAUGACAGAUUUUUAGGGAGCUUCCUCUCAUGCAGUAGUUCUGUGUCCAGUUGCAAAGAACACAAUUAAAUUUGUCAUUCCUCGUAGCAUUUCAGGCUGGAAACUCUGUGACAGCCCAUAAAAGCAACUAUUUUAUAGCCUUGAUUUUGAUCUUGGUGCCUAUAUAUUGAUGUUUCUAACCCCCAUCUUCUUGGGAAUCCUGCUACAGCAGAAUGGGAUGGUAAAAUGUUUAGUUCACUAGAAGUCAAUUUAAUUCAUUUGGGGAAAUAAAAAAAAAAAUGCAAACAACUAAAACCAAACCCCAAGUUCAGCAGCAAAUUAUUCUGAAAAACAGACUUAGAAUGCAAAGAAAGAAUUCAAAGAUCCAGAAAAAACUUGUAACUUUUUCAGGAAUAGAGUCCUUAUGUUGAUAUUGCUUUCUCAGUGAACACGUGUUCACUGAGGCCACUUUUCUACAGCUCAGAUUUGCUGAAUUCUCCAUGUAGGUACUUCAUCAAGGGCCAGGCUUUGAAACUGUGAUGGAUUUUUGAGACAAAGGAGAUAUUUUCAAAUCUUGACACAUCUUUUGGCUUAAAAUGAAAGCUGAGCAUUUCAGAAAACAAUUGUAGUAGAACGCUGCAAAACCAAGCCCAUUGUACUAAACCCCAGCCAUCAGAUAUGAGACAUUUUUAAUUCUUUCAUGCAAAAGAAAGCCGUGAGGCACUGAUCAGUUUGUUGACUAUGAAGCCAGAAACUCCUGGGUAUAAACCUUUAUCUCUGUGCCACAGCUCAGCUCACAACAUCCUCCAGCUUUACCACAAGGAAAUUUAGCUUUAAAGCAUCAGUGGUGAGUCCAUUCUCAUCAGCAUCUUUGAGGAGAGGGAAUUAAAGUUUAAAGAGCGCUUAGCAGAUUUGAGUGCUAACAAAUAGUAAUUCAUUUUUCCAUGAGAAUAUGCUGUAUUUAGUAAAGCAAGCCAUGCUUUGAGGUUUGGAGUUGUCAGGAAGGUGACAGUGUGUGACCUCUGGCCAGCUUGCUCUGACAGGUGAGCAGCUGCUCAGGGUCUCAGUUACAAGGCCAAGUAAGAUGACCAGGGAGGAGACACUGGACAGCUCAUUAUUUGACAACACAUAUUUAGCAUAAUUAUAAGCAAAUUCUAAACAUGACAUUUUAAAGGGAAGAAGUGAUUCAUGCAGAUUUUCAAACAGUAAUCUAAUGCUAAAGUCUAAAUAAAUACUUCAAUUAUUUAUUCAUAAUCAGUCUAAUGAACACUUUUUAGAGUGGUCCAGGACACCUAUGUGAUGUUUGGCUUAUCAUUCCCCUUUCCAGAAAUGUUUGAGAGGAGUUGACAGUGUUGGUGUACAAUCAUUCAGCAAGACCAAUUAUGCCUUAUUUGUCAAUUAUUAACUUAGUUGCCCAAUGGCAAGGGGCUGACAGGUUUUCUAAAUUAUAUCUAUGAAAGAAAUGUACUUUUUUCCAUCUCAAAAUAAAACACUCCCUUUCUAAAUCUUCUCCAAGAUACACUUAACAUCUUGAAAAGAUACCUGAACCUAAUAAAAAAAAAUUGUGUUCCUAUUUUUAAAUAUUAACUUGAUCAAGUGCACACUGCAGGUAUUUUGAUCACCUGACAGAGUAGCAGCUUAUCAGUGCUGUUGUGAAACAGCCCUAAAACUUGCCAGACACUUAUGGUGCUUAGGAAUUGCAUAACUGCAGAAUUAGGUUGUGUAAUACAACAUUGUCCAAUUCCUAAGUGAAGUGCAGAAUUUAAGCAGAAGGUCUAAUAUGCUAAAAUAAUUUUAAUUGAUAGGCAUUUAUACUUCAUAGGGUUUUUAUUCUUUGUCAUGAUCUGUGGUCCUUGAGGAAGGUUUGGUUUCUGUAAAAGUGUUCUCCAAUUUAAUGCAGCAAAAUUAAUAAGGAAACCUGCUCAUGGCUUGGUUUUGUGCAGUGUUCACCAUCCUGAUCCUGAUUCAACAAGGCACUGAAGCACAAGCUGAAUUUUCAGCCCUCAGGUAACACAUAACCUCUUAUGUGUCAGUAAUAUUGGAAUAGAAAUACACUUAUAACAGCAAUAAUGCCCCUGGUAUUCCUGCUGGAGCACUGAUAAGCUAAACAAAGCACUUUUCAAAGACUAAUAACCGGAUGGGAUUUGUAGCAUAAACAAUGCUCCUUGUUAGUCACCAGUCCCCAGGGCAUCUUCCUCACUUCGUUACAGAUAAAUCAGUAACAAAUGAAAUGCUGUGUGUGAUUUCCUGCCCUGGCUGUGUCUCCCUGCUCGCGUGCCAGUGUGAGAGCUGUCAGUUAUUAUUUAUCCAUGGCUGUGUUCACAUCCACAGUGUGAUUUAAUUACUUAUUAAAGGUGCAGACUGGCAGAUGCAGAAGCUGGAGCAGUUUUAUUAUCCAGAGAAGUGACACGGUGUGAGCAGUAAUAUCCUUUCAGGAUGUUCUCGGAAAAUGCUUCACCACAAUGGACUCCUCAAAUCCUUCUCUCCAGCCUUUUCCCAGCUUCUCUGCUCCAAGUGUUAAAUUCAGAAAGGCUGCUCACAGAGAUGUCAGUUAGUCCUGUGGUUUUUAGAUGGGAAUGUGGAUACCCUGGAAAAUCAUUUUGAACACAUUAAAUCUAUUUUAGCUAGGCCACUUGACCAUUGGUUAGUACUAACUCAAGAAAGGAUCUGAAUGGUUUUAAUACAGAGGUGAAACCUACUCUAACUAAAUAGUAGCAAAAAAGAUUAUUUGUAAAGGGGGAAUGAGCCCAGAGGAUUUCCUUCUGCUGGCCAGGGGCUGUGUGCACAGGGCUGUGGUUCUUCUGCAGUAACUCAGACAUGCUUGUCUUGGAAACUGGAGGCUGAAUUCUGCACUAUUUCAAUAAGCAGGAUUUUGGGUCCAUUUUUUUACAUCACUCCAAGCCUAUUAUUGCUUGGUUCAAAGCUCUUCCCCACCCCUGGGCACAGCUGGAUGCAGGAGAGCAGGGGAUCUUCUUGCACUUCCAUCAGUGCCCAGGCUUUAAUGGGGAAACUGAGAUUUUAUUUGGCUAAACUCAAUGAAUUUGACCAGAGAAAGGCUGUUAAAUAACAGCAGGUUCCCUUCACACAGCUCCAGAAUAUUUUGAGAAAGAUAUCGGACACAAGAAAAUCCAAACUUCUGUGAAUCUCUACAUUAAAUCAGUCAAUCCAUGAUUGCCCCAGGCCAGCCAUUCCUGUUUCCUUGCUGACUUUAUUGGUCCCAGCACAUGCCUGGAAGUUGCAAUCCUGGAUCCACUUUGCCAAUUAUAGUUCAGGAUUUUUUGGUGCUAGAUCUUUGCAGAGUCCUUGAAGCACAACUGCAGUGCCAGUCACAGUGUUUGCUGAUAAUGAGCUUGUUGUUUGGCUCUAGAGUUUAAGCUGGCAAACACUCCCAUGCCUGAGUUAUUUUGCACAGUCCAGUGGUCCCAUCAAAGCCAACAGGUCUGUAUGUGCCAACCACUGGCAUUACUGCCUUAUUAAUUCCCAAUUUUACAAAUCAGGUUUCUUCAUCUACUCCACAAAAGGCUACCUAACCAAAAACUGGGCCUGUGAAGUAUAAAGAUGGGGCUGAGAGGUACAAAGGUGUGAAACAGCAUUCCCUGGCAGUGUUUUGGAGCAAGGCCUGUGUAAUGGCUUUUGACCACUGAGGGGUUUUUGACUGAGACCAUUUUGCAUGAUGCACCCUUAGUGAGUCCCAUCUGUGACCCUAAUUCCAUCCUGGAAUGUAAGACUGGGAGCUGCUGGGUAUGUAGGCAGGCUUCACAGAGUUCUGCUCAGAUGAGGAGCUCAGCUCAGAACUGCUGAGAACCUGUUCCUGUGCACAAGCAAAGCACAUCUGAGCAGCUGCCGGUGGAGGGCAGCAGGAAAGCAAGGGAGGAAUCUCUAUAAGAGCAAACAGAAGGGACUGGCUGGUAAAAUCAGACAAUAGUAACCUUUAGCUUCAAAAAUGAUCCAAGUGCAAAAUGCAAUUUUGUUAGAAAUGCCAGUAAAUACAAUUGCAACUCCCCAGCACUGCUUAGAGAGAACAGUCUGUUAAAGAGACUCGACCCCCUGCUGUAGGAGUUGGCUUUCCCUCUUUGGAAUAUACUGGAUCAAGAGAACCUUCAAAUAUGAAAGAACAUGUGUUCAAAAUUUUUAGGCAAACUGAAUCUUAUUUUCCAAGAAAACCAAGAAAAAUGACAUUGAUAUAAAAAUGAUGGGAAAUCUGAAAUCAGUUUUGACAGAUGCACAGUAACUUGUUUAUUUAAUACAUAAAUAUUGCAGUUAGUAUCAGAAUAAUUCAUCCUGCACUUCACAUACCUGUAGCUCUCCCACUCUGAUUAGCUGUGGUUGGGUUUGAGACAUUGCUGUGUUAUUCAAUAGCAAGUGAGAGCUGUGACAUUUCCACUCAGUGUUUCUAUUUUUGAACACAGAUUCUUCUUCAGCUAGAGAAUACUAUUUAAAUAUUCCAUUUAAAAACAUAUCUUUUAGUAAUUUUUUACACCAACUUACAGAUGUUGAGAAAGAAAUACCCCUUAAUAAGUUAGCUGUUGAUUUUCCACUUAAAAAUAAUAAAUCAAGUUAUUAACAUUUUAUUCAGUGAAUCUUCUAUGCUGAUAAAGUUUAUGAAUAAUAAAGAUAAUGGUAUAUAACUGGUACAAUGGAACACAGAGUUUUGAAAAUUAUUUUGUUUAAAGAGAUUAGAGAUAUUACCACAAUUAGUUUCUCUAGUAGUACGUACCAGUACCCUGGUACAGAAUCAAUCUAUGGGGAUUUUCUUUUCAGAAAUUAAGUUUGUGAUUUCCCUGAUCCUGCAAAAAACCAGAAUUCUGAGCUUACUCAUGGAGUAAUCCCAGACUGUGGUGAGAACUGAAAGUAUUUGGACAAUAUUAAAUAAGUGUGAGGAUAUUCCCAGGAUCAAAAUCUCCAGAAUGGCCUUGUUUGGACACAAACCCACCCGCCAAGCUGGUGCCUUACAAGUCACCACAUGCCUCUUUGAUGCACCUGUGGAAAGAGGAUGUCAAAGUGGGAACGUGGAUUUGUUUGUGACCAACACGCCUCUGUCACAGUUCAUAUCCCAGUCCUGCAUUUUUUCUCAUGGGCACCAACUGAAAUUGUAUCUGAGACAUUUAAUACAUGUGAAUUUGCAAAGCCAGGAGCUGUUACUGUGACAGAGCAAACAGUUCCAUGAUGUCAAUGAACGUCAGCCGGAAUGCUGGAACUGCCAAAGCCCACUUUCACUUGUGACCUUGUUCAGUAAAAAAGAUAAAAGCGCUAAAAUAGAAGGGCAGGUAUCAGGGAGAAAGUUAAUGAAAAGGCAGAAAUAAAAAAAACCACAGAUGGGAGAUUGGCAAAUGUUAGGGAACGACUGAGGCAGCGAGAGCAGGCCCGGAGGGACGGGACAGUGGCAAAGCAGGGUCCGGCUGAGGAGAAAUGAUGUUGCAGAGCUGUAUUUUAUUCUGCUCGAGUCACUGCUCUUAAAAGUUCCUGAUUCUGAGCUGUUGCCCUGAGAUAAUCGAAGCGGAUCAUUCCUUAAAAUGUUAACCAUUUACUUUCCUGCUGUACAGGGCCAAAAGGUACAAUUCCAAGACCUGGUCUCUUUUAUGAGCACAGGUAGGUAGUUUUCCACCUCUGACCUGCUUUGUCUCCAGUAUAGCUUUUUAUGGAAUUUAAUGAGCUAUCACAGCUAUUGGCUCUGUGGCUCUAUUUCCAUCUUUUCUCUUAAAGUUUAUCAAUGCCUAUUUCACUGACAUAUGAGAAACCCUAAAUAAUAUUUGUAUAAGCAGUUGCUAUUUUUUUCUGAAACUGCUAUAAUAAACUAAAUAUUAUU